AUGAAGAGCCCAGGUAUUUCACCUGUUGAGAAAAAAGAGGCCAAGUUUGAAAAGCCAGAUAUUUCACCUGUUGAAAAAAUUGAAAAACUGGACAUCUCACCUGUUAAGAAAAAGGAGAUGAAGGAUGAAAAACCGGAUAUCUUACCAGUUGAAAGAAAAGAAACAAAGGUUGAAAAGCCAAAAAUCUCACCCGUCGAGAAGGAGACCAAGGUUGAAAAGCCAGAUAUCUCACCUGUAGAGAAAAUUGAAAAGUUGGAAGAGACCAAGGUUGAAAAGCCAGACAUCUCACCAAUAGAGAAAGAAGAGACCAAGCCAGACAUCUCAUAUGUUGAGAGAAAAGAGACCAAGUUUGAAAAGCAUGAUAUCUCACCCAUUGAGAAACUUGAGAAGCCAGCUGUCUCUCCUGCUGAGGCAAAAGAGACCAAGUUUGAAAAGCCAGCAGUCUCUCCUACUGAGGCAAAAGAGACCAAGGUUGAGAAGCCAGCAGUCUCUUCUGCUGAGGAAAAAGACACCAAAACUGAGAAGCCAGCCAUCUCUCCUGCUGAGGAAAAAGAGACCAAGAUUGAGAAGCCAGACGUUUCUCCCGCUGACGCAAAAGAGGCCAAGGUUGAGAAGCCGGCCGUCUCUCCCGCUGAGGCAAAAGAGGCCAAGGUUGAGAAGCCGGCCGUCUCUCCCGCUGAGGCAAAAGAGGCCAAGGUUGAGAAGCCGGCCGUCUCUCCCGCUGAGGCAAAAGAGGCCAAAGUUGAGAAGCCAGCCGUCUCCACUGCCGAGGCAAAAGAGACCAAGGUUGAGAAGCCCGCCGUCUCUCCUGCCGAGGCAAAAGAGACCAAGAUUGAGAAGCCAGACAUCUCAUUUGUUGAGAGGAAAGAGACCAAGGUUGAAAAGCACGAUAUCUCACCCAUUGAGAAACUUGAAAAACCAGAUGUCUCUCCUAUUGAACCAAAAGAGACCAAGGUUGAGAAGCCAGCCAUCUCUCCUGCUGAGGCAAAAGAGACCAAGGUUGAGAAGCCAGCCGUCUCUCCUAUUGAGGCAAAAGAGACCAAGAUUGAGAAGCCAGCCGUCUCUCCUAUUGAGGCAAAAGAGACCAAGAUUGAGAAGCCAGCCGUCUCUCCUAUUGAGGCAAUAGAGACCAAAGUUGAAAAGCCUGACAUCUCAUUUGUUGAGAGAAAAGAGACCAUGUUUGAAAAACACGAUAUCUCACCCAUUGAGAAACUUGAAAAGCCAGAUGUGUCACCUAUUGAGGCAAAAGAGGCCAAGGUUGAGAAGCCAGCUGUCGCUCCAAUUGAAGCAAAAGAGACCAAGGUUGAGAAGCCAGCCGUCUCUCCAAUUGAAGCAAAAGAGACCAAGGUUGAGAAGCCAGCCGUCUCUCCAAUUGAAGCAAAAAAGACCAAGACCAAGGUUGAGAAGCCAGCCGUCUCUCCCGUUGAGGCAAAAGAGACCAAGGUUGAGAAGCCAGCCGUCUCUCCCGUUGAGGCAAAAGAGACCAAGGUUGAGAAGCCAGCCGUCUCUCCCGCUGAGGCAAAAGAGACCAAGGUUGAGAAGCCAGCCGUCUCUCCCGCUGAGGCAAAAGAGACCAAGGUUGAGAAGCCAGCCGUCUCUCCCGCUGAGGCAAAAGAGGCCAUGGUUGAGAAGCCAGCCGUCUCUCCAAUUGAAGCAAAAGAGACCAAGGUUGAGAAGCCAGCCGUCUCUCCAAUUGAAGCAAAAGAGGCCAAGGUUGAGAAGCCAGCCAUCUCUCCAAUUGAAGCAAAAGAGACCAAGGUUGAAAAGCCAGCCGUCUCUCCCGCUGAGUCAAAAGAGUCCAAGGUUGAGAAGCCAGCUGUCUCUGCAAUUGAAGCAAAAGAGACCAAAGUUGAGAAGCCAGCCGUCUCUCCAAUCGAAGCAAAAGAGACCAAGGUUGAGAAGCCAGCCGUCUCUCCAAUCGAAGCAAAAGAGACCAAAGUUGAGAAGCCAGCCGUCUCUCCAAUCGAAGCAAAAGAGACCAAAGUUGAGAAGCCAGCCGUCUCUCCAAUCGAAGCAAAAGAGACCGAGGCCAAGGUUGAGAAGCCAGCCGUCUCUGCAAUUGAAGCAAAAGAGACCAAAGUUGAGAAGCCAGCCGUCUCUCCAAUUGAAGCAAAAGAGACCAAAGUUGAGAAGCCAGCCGUCUCUCCAAUCGAAGCAAAAGAGACCAAAGUUGAGAAGCCAGCCGUCUCUCCAAUCGAAGCAAAAGAGACCGAGGUUGAGAAGCCAGCCGUCUCUCCAAUCGAAGCAAAAGAGACCGAGGUUGAGAAGCCAGCCGUCUCUCCAAUUGAAGCAAAAGAGACCGAGGUUGAGAAGCCAGCCGUCUUUCCAAUUGAAGCAAAAGAGACCAAGGUUGAGAAGCCAGCCAUCUCUCCAAUUGAAGCAAAAGAGACCAAGGUUGAGAAGCCAGCCGUCUCUCCAAUUGAAGCAAAAGACACCAAGGUUGAGAAGCCAGCCAUCUCUCCUGCUGAGGUAAAAGAGACCAAGGUUGAAAAGCCAGACAUCUCAUUUGUUGAGAGAAAAGAAACCAAGUUUGAAAAGCGUGAUAUCUCACCCAUUGAGAAACUUGGAGAGCCAGUUGUCUCUCCUCUUGAGGCAAAAGCAGACAAGGUUGAGAAGCCAGCCAUCUCUCCUGCUGAGGCAAAAGCAGACAAGGUUGAGAAGCCAGCCAUCUCUCCUGCUGAGGCAAAAGCAGACAAGGUUGAGAAGCCAGCCGUCUCUCCUGCUGAGGCAAAAGCAGACAAGGUUGAGACACCAGCCGUCUCUCCUGCUGAGGCAAAGGAGACCAAAGUUGAGACGCCAGCCGUCUCUCCUGCUGAGGCAAAGGAGACCAAAGUUGAGACGCCAGCCGUCUCUCCUGCUGAGGCAAAGGAGACCAAAGUUGAGACGCCAGCCGUCUCUCCUGCUGAGGCAAAGGAGACCAAAGUUGAGACGCCAGCCGUCUCUCCUGCUGAGGCAAAGGAGACCAAAGUUGAGGCGCCAGCCGUCUCUCCUGCUGAGCAAAGGAGACCAAAGUUGAGACGCCAGCCGUCUCUCCUGCUGAGCAAAGGAGACCAAAUUGAGACCGUCUCUCCUGCUGAGCAAAGGAGACCAAAGUUGAGGCGCCAGCCGUCUCUCCUGCUGAGGCAAAGGAGACCAAAGUUGAGGCGCCAGCCCGUCUCUCCUGCUGAGGCAAAGGAGACCAAAGUUGAGACGCCAGCCGUCUCUCCUGCUGAGGCAAAGGAGACCAAAGUUGAGACGCCAGCCGUCUCUCCUGCUGAGGCAAAGGAGACCAAAGUUGAGACGCCAGCCGUCUCUCCUGCUGAGGCAAAGGAGACCAAAGUUGAGACGCCAGCCGUCUCUCCUGCUGAGAGCAAAGGAGACCAAAGUUGA